UAAAAUUCUCUCCAUAUUCAGAGUCUCUUGAAAACGAAAAACAUCGACAGAUGGCAAAGAUCAUGUUAUGAUUGAUAUUUCUAAUUAAAUUCAUGUGCCCCAAUCGCAGACGUUAAUUUAUUAACAAAAGUGUAGACAAACCGCCCGCAAUUAAACUGAACACCUGAGUAAACUCCCCCAUUAUUUCGGUUGGUCUAUAAAUAGAAAAGUUUGAAAAUAAUUGAUAAAAAUCGUAGUCGCCAGUGGGGGGAGAAAAAAAACUGUGUGCAUCGAAGAACAGAGAUAGAGAGAAUUGUAGAGGGGACGAAUGAAACAUGGCGUUUGUUUCUUUCAUAUGUUCCGAAAAUUCUAUUCGUUAAUUGAUUUUUUUAACACUCUAUUCACAUCGAUGACGCGUGUGCCACAUCCCUGGAUAAUAAAAAAAUAUCCACCAUUUGGAUAUUAGAAACGUGGUGAAUACACUGUGAGUCGUUGAGUUGAAUAUCAAUCGAGGAGCUUCAAACAGGAGUAAAAAAAAAUAUAUACACGGAUCAAACAAACCGUUGGCGCAUUGUCGCCUCUCCUCGAUAUCGUGUAAUUAAUCAAACGAAUUUAAUUACGCAGAGGGGGAGGAAUAAGGGCAGAGUCGAGGGGAAUUAUCGAAUUAUGAAGAGAUAUUGCUGCAAAUGUGACUAUUGGAAUGCAGAUAAUUUAUGAGAUAUUAUCGAGGGAAAAAUGACGUCACGCAGUUAUACAAAAUCGUACAGUCGCAAGGUGAACAGUGUUACACCAGGUAGUAUACAAUUUGACAAGCUAUUUCGUGAGAAUAGCAAUCGUCCAUCUGCUGCUAAAUCAGCUGGCACUGUUGGAAAAUGGGGGAUCACGUCCUUCACAUCUAUUCGGAGCACCAACAUCAAUGGUCGCCGAGAUGACAUCCAGCGUACGUUCGGUGCGAAGAAGCCAAAACUCGACUAUUCCAACCAGAACGCUCAAGUCCCCCCCGGCGACCCCUUCUCCUUCGACACCAACCUCGACCCCAAGGCCUCGGCGCCAGCCCCCGCAGUUCCAAAGCCAAAAAAAUUCUUCAAAUCCCGAAACCUGCCCGCGGCGACCCCAGAGGAGCCGCGCUCCGACCCCACACUCUACCGGCAAGUACCUGACUCCCAGUAUGUCCGUAAAUCAAAACACCCGACCCCCAAGGCCCCAAAAAUCCUGCCCCCGCGUAAGACGAGCGAGAGCCUGGACGGAAGUUCCAGUGACACAUCGAUCCCCCGAGACGACAAGCCCCCGAUAGUCCUCAGAAUCUGCAAGGGAACGGCUCGCCUGCUGUCAGGAGACAGUCAAGAGUCCCACGACGACCCCGAGAUGUACAGAGUGACGACUCCAGUGAGUCCCACGAAGAGCGAGCCCGAUCGCAAGAGCUUCAGCCCAGAGAUCUCGAGACCAGAGCGAUCGACGAGAUCGCACCACCAGCCGACGAUAACGACAGUGUCGAUUCCCCUGGACAGCCCAGAGCUGUCGACGCGCAGAACGACUCGCAGUCGAGCCAAGAACCUCAACCUGGACCUCACCUCAGCCCCGAUCCUCACCUCGCCGCCCCCGACGACCCCCACAACCAGGGAGAGCUCGGGCCUGUCACUCACCCUCAGGAAAUCCAUAACUGAUUCCAACAACACAUCGAUCUCCCACUACGACAUUGUUAAGACUGACUGCACGAGCUACAAACCUAUCGUCGAGCCACUGAUCGGCAGGGAUCAACCACUGCCAACGACCACGCAGGAGCUCAUUGACAUUCUUUCCAGUGAUAACGAUGUGAGGGAUCGACACACCGAACGGCUGGAUCCUCCUGAUGAAUGUGAACAUCAAUUUCACAAAAGCUUUCACGACGACAGUGUCCCCAGAUAUAUGCAGGAUUCCGAGCCAUAUCACGAGCCAGUACCUGAGCCAGCCCCCGAGGAGCCGCAGCCCAUCGACGACAAGUCAUCAGCGAAGACCCUCUUAGAUCAGGACUGGUUCUCAGGUUCCGAGGAUUCCGAGGCGGCGAGUGGUAACACCGAGCCCCCCACCAACGUGCCGAGUCCCUCGGACCAUCGCUCCCAAAUAAGCCUGAAUCCCCCGGUGAAACCCGUCACCAAGAAGGGAAGUAUCUUCAAGAGCAGAUCAACAGGUGCGACAAAUGGAAACAAACGUCGAGCCCUGUACAAGCACAAAUGGUGUGACAAUGAUAAAGAGUCAAUUACCCCAGAGGCAGUGGCAGUGACAGCAGUCCCAAAUGCUGCGUCAGGCUCAGGAGUCUCAGGCCAGGUGACGUUCGACGAAGAGCUCGAUGAGGCUGACAAGCUCACCAGAGUCGUCACUUACCCAGAGACAGACGAUAUGGACUUCAACGAAGACGCCGAGGCCAUCACGAGCAUUCGUUGUGGCAAAAGAGUUAAAGGUUUUUAUACUGUUGUUAAGAAUGUUAAGAAAGCACAUCAGAUACAGGAGAGCGGUGAAUUUCAAGAGUUUAAUGACGACGUUGAGUAUAUUCUGGACACACUGAGGGAGAACAACCCCAACGCCACGAGGUGUUUGUCGGCGAUAAGAUUGGCGAGUAAGUGCAUGGCCCCAGCCUUCAGAAUGCACGUGAGGGCACACGGUACUGUGGCAAAGUUCUUCAAGGCCCUGCACGACGCCACGAAGGACCAGAGCCUGGGGUUGUGCACAGCAACAGUGAUGUUUGUCCUGAGCCAGGACAGACUGGCGAUGGAUCUCGACAGGGACUGCCUGGAGCUGAUGCUGAGUCUCCUGGAGUCCGAUGCCAGUCACAAGGACGCCCUCGACGAUUGUGGCCUCAGUCGGGCUGAAUUACUCAAGAAUAAGGAGAAGGUCAGGCAACUUUGUGCUGACAUUCAGGCGCAGGGGCACGCGAAACACCUCAAUCUGGAUAAUAUCACGGUGGGACAACUGGCUAUGGAGACGCUCCUCAGUCUCACAUCGAAAAGAGCUGGGGAGUGGUUCAAGGAGGAGCUCAGGGAGCUCGGGGGACUCGAGCAUAUCGUCAAGACCAUCAAGGAGUGCCAUCGGAAUAUUGUGUCCAGCGAUGUCACCAGGGCUGGCUGGGACGAGCCUGUGCUCGAUAAAUUGAGAAAGGUCGACAGGUGUCUCAGGGUUUUGGAGAAUGUCACGCAGAAGAAUGAGGAGAACCAGAACUAUCUGCUCAAGUAUGAUGAUGGGGUGCUUGUCAGCACUCUCUCCAAUCUGUAUUAUCUAUGUGGACAGGAGAUCACGAUAUAUCCUAUUGUUGAUAUCAGCGAUAAGACGAGCACUGGGGCUGUCAUCAGGGAGUGCAUCAUUGCUAUUCUUAAUGUGCUCAUCAAUUUGACUCAUCGGUUUAAUCGGCAGUCUUUUGGCAGCAAAUCAUUGGGCUCGCAGAAUGGUGUUGUAGACUGCAGUUUGAAUCUCUUAUUACGUGUGCCAGAGUCUCUGCCUGAGGAGAAACGUUUUGACAUGAUGAUGCUGACACUUAUAUUGUUGAUUAAUUUGGUUGAACAGUGUGAUGACAACAAGAAGAUGCUCAUGGAGUCCAGGGCACCACCGUCCUCGGAGAAUAUUUUUGAUCGACGAGAGAGUGGAGUUGAGGCACUCAUCGAUCUAUUCUACAAACAAGAGGAGCUGGCGAUAAGUGAAGAGCAGAAAACCGAUGCUAUUCUCGAUGGAAAGAAGGACUCGGAGCAGACCGAGACUGUUACCACUACUAAAGAGUCGCAGGACGAGUUCAUUGAAAAGACUGUACAAAAAUUACUGCAGAAGGCCGGUCGACACAUGGAGCACACGCUCAUUGGUGCCUACGUAGUUCUACUACUGGGAUAUUUAAUUAUGGACAACAAAGAGUAUGAGGCACUGGUGCGAGGGAAGAUUCCUGGGAAUAACUUCUCGACAAUGGUGGCUGUUCUUCAGAAGUUCUACAAUUUUAUGAACUUGACAGCGUCGAGUGAGGCCAGCAGUUGUGGUAUCCAAGCAACAGACAAAGUCAUCAAGUUCCUAAAGCUAUCAGACGCUCGAAUCGAGGAGGAGAGGAAUGCAUUGCCAUUGCCAGCACUGGAAGAAUCAAGUAUUAUGCCCGACUUACCCUCAUCCUGAUCGCAGCCAUAACAAUUAUCAUCACGUGACAGCAUGUGCUGAAUGAAAGUUGUCCAGGGCUGAAUUAAAACGCAAUUAGAUAAAUAAAACGACACAAACAAUUGAAACUGUUGUUUCACGACGACCACCAUAUAUUUUGAUAUAUAUUUAUUCAUCCACAUAAUUUAUUGCUGUACGAUUUACCACUCUGUUCCCACGAUUUUUUUGCAAGAUUUAUUCAACUCUGGAAGCGUCAGUGCUCUCGAUUACUUCUGUAUUUUUAAAAUUUGAAAAUUUUAGUUGUUACUUAAAUAAAAUGCGAGAUAGGAUUGAACCCAAGAAUCUAAAAAAACCAUUUGUACGUAAUUGCGGGUCCACUAUUAUCGAAUGUUCGAUUUAUUGUUCACGAAAAACAUGCGAUGGAAGAGACACGAAGAGUUUAUUAACUCGUCGGCAAUUGUGCACGCAUAAUCAUUGAUCUUGAGCAUCUUGCCCCAAUAACUAAAAAUCAAUUAUUGUUAAUGAAAAAAAAGAUGUUCUUUUACAUUUUUUGAGUCGUUUGAAAAUUAUUGAACGAGGAAAACUCAAUGUUUUUGAGAUAUUUCAGAGGGACGAAUGUAGGCCACUGAUUAUUCGAAUAAUAAUAGUGUUAUGCAGUCUAAGUUUAUUUUAAUAUUAAAGAUGAAAGAAAAUGAUAAAUCUAAGUUAUAAGCAUUGUACAUGUAAAUUUAUAAAUUAUAAUUAUUGUACCUUACAUAUUAAAAAAAAACGACAAACCAAUUAA